AUGGCCACUGCCACUUCUAGAUUAGUAUUUCCGCUCGUCUUGCUUUUACUCAGCAUCGCUGCAUGCUCUGCCUCUAGAUUUCUCUUCGCAGAGCCGAUUCCAUAUGGCACUGACCACGGCGUUGGCUAUGGCGGUGGAGGCGGCGGUGGUUCCGGUGCUGGUUAUGGCUCCGGCGCCGCAGGGGGGAAAGGCGGUAAGCAUGGAGGUGGGUUUGGUGGUGGGCGUGGAGGCGGAUCUGGAGCUGGGUAUGGAAGAGCCACCUGGGAGAGUAUGGUGAUUUGGGAGGCCAUGGAGGCGGGUACGCUACUGGCAGAGGGAGCGGCGGUGGCGUAG